CAGAAGGAUGAGGGGGGAGAAUGUCACCAGGGUCAGCACCUUCAUCCUGCUGGGCUUCCCCACCGGCCCCCGGCUGCAGCUCCUUCUCUUCCUCCUCUUCCUGCUCAUCUACCUCUUCGUGCUGGUGGAGAACCUGGCCAUCAUCCUCACUGUCUGGAGCAGCGCCUCCCUCCACAGGCCCAUGUACUACUUCCUGGGCUCCUUGUCUUUCCUAGAGAUCUGGUACGUGUGCGACAUCCUCCCCAAGAUGCUGGACGGCCUCCUCCUGCAGCGCAAGCGCAUUUCCUUUGUGGGUUGCAUGACCCAGCUCUACUUCUUCAGCUCCCUGGUGUGCACCGAGUGUGUGCUCCUGGCCUCCAUGGCCUACGACCGCUACGUGGCCAUCUGCCACCCCCUGCGCUACCAGGUCAUCAUGACCACGGGGCUGUGCGUCCAGCUGGUGGCCUUCUCCUUCGCCAGUGGCUUCACCAUCUCCGUGAUCAAGGUCUACUUCAUCUCCAGCGCCACGUUCUGUGGCUCCAACGUCCUGAACCACUUCUUCUGUGACAUCUCGCCCAUCCUCAAGCUGGCCUGCACAGACUUCUCCACGGCGGAGCUGGUGGACUUCAUCCUGGCCUUCAUGAUCCUGGUGUUCCCGCUGGUGGCCACCAUCCUCUCCUACGGACACAUCACCCUGGCCGUGCUGCGGAUCCCCUCGGCCACCGGCCGCUGGAGAGCCUUCUCCACCUGCGCCUCCCACCUCACCGUCGUCACCAUCUUCUACAUGGCGAUGAUCUUCAUGUACGUCCGGCCCCAGGCCAUCGACUCCCGCAGCUCCAACAAGCUCAUCUCUGCGGUAUACACCGUCCUCACGCCCGUGAUCAACCCCCUGAUCUACUGCCUGAGGAACACAGAGUUCAAGGAUGCCUUGCGGAAGGUUCUGGGCUUGGGUGCCACUCCGCACUAG